AUGGGGCAAAAAAUCUACUUCCUGCCCUUGUCGGACAAGGGCAAAGAACAACUCACAGAAGCAGAGGCUCAUCUUAGAAACGCGAAAUUGCAAUGGACAGAGAUAAGCUGCGACGAAAUCAACUCGAAGAGCUGCCUCAGACAGUACAUCGACAAGUCCAUUUUUAUCGUCAGUCCUCUAGCAGGAGAUACCUAUAAUAGGCUCGUCGAAAACGGAGCGAAAAUCUACGGCGUUGGGGCGAUCAUUUCCAGUCUUCAGUUGCAAGUCGCUCUGCCAAGAAAACAAAAAGACUUCUCCAAGGGAUGUCUUUCGUCUCUUGCACUAAGAGGGAUGAACAUCUGUUUUACGAAUAUACCAAAACCGAAUCGCGAGAAGCUACAAGCUCAAGUCACCCGUAUGGCUGGAAAUAUCUGCUCGACAAUGACUCAAGAUGUAAACGUUCUCGUCGUUGGCGAAGUUUGCUCCAAGAAAUAUAUUGUUGCAAGCGAGCUAGGAAUAAAGACAGUUACGCCCGAUUUCAUAACUGAUAUCUGGAAUCUGUCGGUUGAUCACAUUCGCCCUGUCGUUCCCGAUUCUGAUCUCUACAAGGAUCUGCUGAAAAACCACGCUUGUCCGAUCUUCCACGGCUGCGUGGUAAGCGUUACGAACAUUGACUCGCAAUCCCGCGCCGAGAUCUCGAAACUCGUCGUCGCCAACGGUGGUGGUUACAACGGCACGCUGGACAGAAACCAAGUGACGCACUUGGUCGCUGGCGGCCCGGGUGGAAAGAAGCUGAAGCAUGCGCACUCGUGGGGCAUCGAAACGGUCACGUUGGAUUGGAUUGAUGACUCGCUCGCGCGAGGCUUUGCGCAGGAUACCCAGCAGACGAAGUACAAAUUCAACGAAGAGAGCUUUGCCGAGCAACCGAGUCAGAUCGAGACUACCUCGAGAGGGAUUGUGAACGAAACCGAGAUCGACGAGAAGACGGACAUGUUCGAUCUGGACAAAUUCGCGGCGAAAGAUCACGACAUCGAGGAGGAUGCUUUCAACCGAGUGAGCGCUUUUAUCAGCGGAUUUCCUGCGCGUGGAAAGAAAAAGCUGAAGGAGCUGAUUCAAAAAGGAGGUGGGAUGGUUUUCGACUCUCUGACGCCGAGUAUAACGCACAUGAUCGUGGCGAGACAGAGCUUAGAGAACAAUGAGGAUCUUGCCUUCUGGAGAGCGAUGACGUCUGGAAGGCCAAUAGCGAUCGAUCUUUUCUGGGUGAUAAACACAAUUAAAAAUGGCGAAAGAGAGAACCCGGACGGCUACAAGGUCCUGAAUAUGGAAGGCACAGUGAACGAAGGAGAUGAGACACUGAGAAUUGAAGCGCGCUCUUUCAAUGGAGAUAUUCCAAAGAAUCCCGAAAACGGAGACUUCGAACAGUCGACGUUCGGAACUCUAGAGGUGACCGAGAGUCAAGCAGUUCAAUCUACUCUUCACAACUCACAUAUCAGAUCACCACGAAAAAGCACAUUUAUUAAUCACAAUACAUCAACAAGGGAAACAACAAGGGAAGCACCGAAUCACAGCACACGAAAAUCAAAUAUACCACUGCCAAUUGAACGUGAAACAUACGAGGAGCCAAGCUUGGUAACAAUUCGAAUUCUGCCCGGAGGAGAGGAUCAUCCCAUGAGAAAGGUGUUCGGCGUUGAGGACUUCUGGGCGAGGAAAAAUUGCACGCUCGUUGCCAAUUACGAUCGAAACGAGAAGGUGGACUAUGCGGUUAGCUUCUUGCUGGUAAGAGGCGACUUGGACGACUGGGAAGGGAGUUUCGAGAGCUGCUUCUAUUUCGAAGGCUUGGAAAAUACGGAAGACAUCGAGAGCGUUGAAGAGCGUGAGAAUACAAGAGUCUACUGGUGCUGUUCUCCACGACUCUUCAGUGGAGCGGGAUUUUGCACGGCGAAGUACCAAGAAAACGAGAAGAAAAUGGUGCGUCAAGCGGUCGAAGCUGGCGGCGGUGCGUUCUCGGCUUCGAUGGAUAGAAAUGUGACCCAUGUGAUUGCGCCUGAUUGGAAUGGGCCUAAACAACUCAAGGCCAUUUCUUCUGGCUUGUCGUGCGUCACUCUAGACUGGAUACUCGCUUGUCUAGAACAGAGCCUUAGUGAUAGCGCGUUGACUUGGCAUUCAGUGCCGAUGGAUGAUUUCGCACCAGCUGGUCAAAAGCCAAAGCCAGCGCUGCCGAAGCCUAUUCCAAGCAGUUCAAAAAAGCGAAAAGCGGACAGAUAUGGCUCAGUGAUGGUCGAGUCGCCUUGUGUAGCGAACGCGAACCAGCGGACUCCUCACAUUGCGAGCAGACCCAACUUGACGGAAAUGGCAAAGCUCGUCGAGACACCAAAGAACAUGCGCGAUCCAACACUGCCGAGUACCUCAGAGUGCAAGCGAAUAUUGAAGCAAGCGGUGAAAGACUCGGACGUAGACAGAUGCAAGCGGGACGGAAUUGGCAUCUAUUCGAAGUCAGCGAUAAGAGAUCGAGAAAGACGAGCGCUAGAGCCGAAGACGCCAAAAGCGCAAAACGUUCCCAUUCCGAAGCUUGUAUUCGACAAUUCGGACAAAGGCAUCUUCGACGGCUACAGCCUGUAUAUACACGAGAGCAUUACAUCACAGCGGAAUAGAAAUUUAGUCGAAAAAGUCGAAGGUAUGGGCGCCGUCAUCACUUACGCCUUCGACGGGAGCCAAAACAUUACCCACUGUGUCAUCGCCGACGAUAUGGCGCAAGGAGAGGCUCUCGACGAAAUCAUAAAAUUAACGGAUGAGUACAGUAUCUGCCUCGUGAAGUUUUCAUGGCUCCUGCAUGCUCUUUCAACCAAUAGAGUACCAGCUGUCGACAAAUUCCAAAAUAUCAAGCGGGCAAAGGAGCCACUUUUUCCGAUAUUGAAAAAUGAGCUCAAUCCAAAUAGUGUUCGCAAAUCGGUAACGCCUAGUGGCAGGAGGGGACGACACAAACGAACCCGCAGUCGCUUAGACAUUGAAGAGGAUGACCAGCGAUGUUUUUCUGGAAGCGAUGACGAUAGCGCUCAUAAGAUUAAAAGAGUCGACAGUCCUCAUGACGAAAUUGAGGAGUUGAGCUCCGGCGAUUUUAAUGACCGCACGGUCGAUUUAAAGUCGCCCGAUCGCUUGGACAGGAUAGCUAAUCAACAGCACAGAGUUAUUUUUUCGCUCGUCUCAAAGGCCACACAAGAGACCCUCAAAAAGAUGAUUGAAGAGAUAAAUGGCAGCUCGGUUUCUACGGCUACUUCUUACGAUCAAAAGGCGACGAUGCUGAUCUUCGAGAAAGAUCCGAUUAGGAACGAGAAGAUCAGCGCUGCUAUCGUCAGUGGCAUACCCUGCUGUCACGUGUCUUAUGUCAAAAACAGCUACCAUCAGAAUGACAAGAAAUGGCUGGACCCACUGGACUAUCCUCACGAGGUGAACAUUUCAGAAAACACCGAUGCGAAGGCAAUGCGAUCGAAGUCUGAGUCAAGGGAUGUCGUCCGUGCCAUCAUGCAGUGGUACGAACGCCUCCAAAUCAACCCCGAACAAAAGUACGACUUGUCCGCUUUACUUCCAGUUGAUCACUUAUUUAGCUUUUCACGAAUUCUUGCUGCUGGAGGAGCAACUAUUAUUGGAAGGAGCAUCAUGUGGACUGAUAUAGAAGAGCAUAUUGAUGAUAUUUCUCACAUCCUUGCUCCGAGAGAAAACGACGCACUUAUAAACCCGGAGAAUCUGGCUCUCUGUCUCAACAAGAGCAUCGCCGUCGCCAGUGGAGACGUCAUCUCCAAAGCGAUCAUAAAGAAUCUGUCAGACAGACAGGAUGGAGUUUUCGAAGCGACUUCGUUCUUGCCGUCUUACGACGCCGCCCGAAAGAAAAAAUUCAACCUGUAA